CACCCGCCCCCCCCCCCCGCCCCCGGGAGCCGCCGCGCCCGCCCUGCCGCCCUGUGCCCAGCCAUGGGGGACCUGCCCGGCCUGGUGCGCCUCUCCAUCGCGCUGCGCAUCCAGCCCAACGAUGGCCCGGUCUUCUACAAGGUGGACGGGCAGCGCUUCGGCCAGAACCGCACCAUCAAGCUGCUCACCGGCUCCUCCUACAAGGUGGAGGUGAAGAUUAAGCCCAGCACGCUGCAGGUCGAGAACAUUUCCAUUGGUGGUGUGGCCGUCCCACUGGAACUGAAGUCGAAAGAGCCCGAUGGGGACAGAAUUGUUUAUACGGGCACAUAUGACACAGAAGGUGUGGCCCCAACCAAGAGUGGAGAACGACAACCCAUCCAAAUCACCAUGCCGUUCACUGACAUUGGGACCUUCGAGACGGUGUGGCAAGUCAAGUUCUACAAUUACCACAAGCGAGAUCACUGCCAGUGGGGCAGCCCCUUCUCGGUCAUCGAGUACGAGUGCAAGCCCAACGAGACGCGCAGCCUCAUGUGGGUGAACAAGGAGUCUUUCCUCUGAAGAUGGCUCUUGCUGAUGUCGCUGGACAAUCGCUUCCGAAAUCUAUUCUUAGAUAACCCAGCACAAGCCUUCACCAAGGCACACCACGCCGUCGCUGUUUCCCGUCGGUGCCAAUGACCUACUGGCCCCGAUUAUUUGGAAAGUGUAAUUCCCCUCUGAUGCAAUGUCCCCGACAAAGGAACGUGAUGUGCCCGCCCGAGAAGAUCCCUUUCUGUCUUCUGUGGCGUUCCCUGCCUCCAAUUGUUCUCGGUCGUGCCGUUGGCCGCUCGCGAGGACCUCCGUGGCAUGGGCAGGCGAGUCCCAUAUUUCACGGUUCCACGGAGUGACCGUGGUGUUUUGUUUCUAAGUUGAGUGAUUCCCCCCCCUUCUUUGUUAGCCUUUACCUAAGAAAAACAAUGUGUGUGGGUUCUUUCCCCAGUGUCACAUGGUAACGUGUAACUUGCAAUGUUGUGCAACUCUCAAAGCAGGCUUUGUGAGUAUGUGAUGCAAACAGCAGGGAAUGGGACUCAAGUGGGCUUCCUGUGCACAGCUCAGCUUUUUCAGGGAAGGGAGAUGACAAAAUAAAAGGAGAGCUAUUGAACAAGUAUUCAUAAUGUGUUUAUGAUCAUAAUGUGUUUAAACAGUUUCAAGUACCUUAAUUGUGCUGUGACCGAGUGGCGAUAGGGAAAGGCAGGGUGUGGACCACUGUUAAACAAGGCGACGGCAGUUACAGGGUCAUCUCGUUGGCCAGCUGCCCUAGUGUCCAGACGUGCAUAUUGACGCCAUUCCCACCCUCCCCUCCACUUGAACUUUGUAAAACUGUGUAUGGAACUGUAAUCAACUUUUGAUAUUUCUUAAUAAAGGUGUUGAAAAAUUA